CCACGGCGGACGCCACAACUCCCACCUCAAUGACCGUUCCCUUGCCUACUGUCAUGUUCACAUCCACCCAUUGAAUCACGAGGCGUUCUUCACUAGUCGUGCCUCGUCGGCUUUGCUGGAACAUAAAUUGUAAGAUACCACCACCCUCGGCAAGCUCCGACACCAGCGAGCAAUGGCCGAGCCGACGUCGGACUUUGUCGCCGACACGGAACAUCUGGCACAGAAGAUUCUAAAGCAAUGCAAUACCUCCUCUAGCCCUUUUCGGGCACUUGUCGGCUCCCUCCGACACCUGCGGAAUGCACUUGGAGACAUCGAUACAUCCCACGCCGACAAAAGCGUCGAAGAUGCACAGGUCCUCGAAUCCGUAUCGGCAUGUCGGACUCUCCUUUUCGGCCUCGAAGACAACAUCGCAGCCAACAACGUAGAGGCAAGACCGACCGAUGCUAUCCUCUCUAGCCUCCAGUCUGCCAUAGAGCGGGCCAGCAAACAAUUGAAUGCAGUCCACGAAGCGGCUGUCUCCAAAUCCGACGUACCUGUCACAGCGAGGUCAUCCCCUAAGCUAUCAUCAUCGAUCCCAGAGACGGAAGGGCCAGCUCCUGUCCCUGAAAAUAUCAAGAGGACCCACCUCCUGAGCCAUGUCUACCGCAGUGAGAGCUACCAUUCAGGCUCUGUCGCAUGGGAUUUCAUGACCGGCGAGACUGAUUGGAAUGACUUUCAUGCACCAAUCCUUGACUUCCGAGGCUAUUCGGUCGAGUCUUCAGCAAACAAACAUCCACAUUCCCGACGGUCAUCGCCGGAGGGAGGAAGCAAUGUCCAUCCAGCAGACAGAAGCAAGCGAGGGAGCGAGGCGAGCAGUCAUCGGACGCUUUACGGAGGUGAGACGCCUCCAUGGCCAUCACCGUCUCUGCAUGGGCCUCCGAUGGCCGGCUCUCCUAAGCACCACAUCUCAUCCUCGAAGAGCUCGCCAAACCUCGCCAUGCACACCAAAGUGCGCUCUUUAUCGGGCACCACGUUUCUCAACACUCCUCCGCCACCGACGAUCCCAGAGACCGGAGAUGGAUUCCCUUGGGCGACUGCCUAUCACAAGAGUGUCAUUUACGAAACGCCCCGACCAACCUCGCCACCGGUCCGCGAAAUAUCCGCUAGUGUGUUGGGAACCCCACUGACUGCGCCGAUCAUGGAACAUGGUCACUUUGAUUCGCGUGGUCUGGCCAGCGCACAUGAAACCGUCGACAGAAAAGGCUCGAUCGCGCCAGAAAGACCAGCCUCCCUCACACAGCUAUUAACACAGGUAGACGAUGCUCUAUCUCGUGUCACGCUUCGUGAUGAACCGGGAGCGGCAACGGACGAUCCACAAAAUGAUGAUACCUCUGAGCGAGGUCGUGCGCCGUGGCCCCUGCCAAUGUCCAACAGCCCGCCAGCAUCGCAUCAACCCAACAGAUCUGCGGAGGCACAUCGCUCUCUGGAACGACGCACCGGUCGCAAACGCUUCUCCUUUGCAUCCGACCAGGACAGCCUCCAUCCCGGCCGCGCGGAGUCCGAACGGGAACUUCACUCGCCGGUGCGCACGCGUGCACGGUCAGAGCUACGUUUCGGUGGCAAAGAUCGUGUUUCGCAGCUGCAGCAACAUCCACAAGAGGGCAUCACCCACGACAGUUCUCACCAGCGGGAUGAAUCGACACUACCGGCUACACCAUCUGAUCAACAGCACAUUCAACACGCCGUAUACUUUUGGAACCAACGCCUCUGGAGCCUGGCGGAGACCCACCUUCGCGCCAUCCUCGACAGCCUCCUCAAAGGCGAAGACAACGAUGCACAAAUUCGACGGGUGAAACAUUUGUUGGGAGUCUGCUCCAGUUUCCAAGGCAAAUGGGAGGCUGCGAUUCGAUACUUCAUUUCAGUGCUGCGCGUGCCAAUUGUCGACAUGCUUCAGCUGGACGAAGCUGACGGCGCGGCCGCCUGGUGGCUUGCUGAUGCAUAUGCGAUGCUCAAUCGGCGACAAGAAGCUUGGCUCGCGUACAGCUUGGCCGAACACGCGCCGAUGUUUAAACCUCAAGCCACCCGGGCUCUGUGGCAGGUCAUCGAUGCCGAGAAGAAGCGAGUCAUGGCCGGUCUGGUCCCUGAAGAUUUCGACCACAUCUGGGAGAAGCAUAAGACCGACGCCGAUGCCUUGAAAGGAUCCAUCCUCCACCCGUCCGUCGUAGAGGCAGACACGGUGUCGCAGUGCUUCAAGACAAGAUUCAACUCCCUCCCCGCCAAACAACUGCUCCGCCCGGACCAAAACCGCGCGGAGAGCCUCCUCAAGGCCCGCGUGCCCGAGAUGGCCACCGACACCUCCGCCAUCGCCUGGUGCAACCACAGCGCGCCCGAGCGCCUCCGCCCCUCCGCCUUCCUCUCCCGCUCCCCCUGGCCGCUCCCCUUCGACCCCUUCUUCACCAUGGCCAACGUCCAACGGGGCCGCUUCGUCGCGCACGAAGGCGACCUCUCGCACUCGCGGCGCUCGUCGGAAGACCUCAGCGGGCGCAAAAAGGCCCGGCGCUCGAUCCCCAUCCUGGAAGGCUACUGCCUCACGUCCGAGAGCCUGCCGCAGCUGGUCGCCGCGCUCCGCGAGACCCUGCGCACGCUGGAGAUCGCCUUCAUCGAGGAGCCCGACGCCGCGAACAUGGCGUUCCGCUGCCGCUACGCCCAGAUGGCGCAGGGCGUCGCCACGACCUAUUACUUCAGCAUCACCGUCUCCCGGGGCCUGACGGCGAAAUACGGCGUCAAGAUCGCCCCCGAUGGCCUCUGCGCCGCGCGCCUCGUCGGCUCGUCGAAUGCGGGCGAGCAGGAGCGCGGCGUGCCGGUCUCCGAGCGCGCGACGUUGAAGAAGCUGAUCAAAGACACCUUCGAUCGUGCGUUCAAGGCGCGGCGCCGGGCGAGCGGUGGGAUAGGUGGAGGCAGUGCUGGCGCGAGUAUGGUCAGUUUGGCGCUGGCGGUCACUUCGAGUGCGGAGGCGACGAUUUUGAAGGGCGCUGAGUCGAAGGAGCUUGCUGUCUGAUGAAGUUUUGGAGUGGACUCAUCAGCGAGAUGAUUUUUUUUGGUCGUGCUUUCUUCUCCUGUUCGUCGCUUUUGCGCUAUGUUUUUAAUUUUGGCGAGGAUUGCCCUUUCUUCUUGUCCAAAUAUGACGGAUUAUUUCAAUUGAAGAUACUAU